ACGCUGCGGCCCCGAGGCUGGGCUCUUGGGCGAUGGGAGAGAAGGGAGAUCCGUGGAGUCUGUGCCGCGGGGUCUCCCCUGGCAGCCUACGCGUAGGGAGCGUCUGUGUAUCUGGUGGUACUCUUUCGUUUGCCCGGCGGUGAUGAGCUUGCUGAAGCAAAGACUCAUUUUGAAGAUGUUUAAUAAGUCAUUUGGAACACCCUUUGGGGGUGGCACUGGUGGCUUUGGCACAACUUCAACAUUUGGGCAGAACACUGGCUUUGGCACUACUAGUGGAGGAGCAUUUGGAACAUCUGCAUUUGGUUCUAGCAACAAUACUGGAGGCCUCUUUGGAAAUUCACAGACCAAACCAGGAGGAUUGUUUGGUACUAAUUCAUUUAGUCAGCCAGCUACUUCCACAAGCACUGGCUUUGGGUUUGGCACAUCAACAGGAACAUCAAAUAGCUUGUUUGGAACUGCAAGUACAGGGACCAGUCUCUUCUCAUCCCAAAACAAUGCUUUUGCGCAAAAUAAACCAACUGGCUUUGGAAAUUUUGGAACAAGUACUAGCAGUGGGGGACUUUUUGGUACUACAAAUACAACCUCCAAUCCUUUUGGUAGCACAUCUGGCUCCCUCUUUGGGCCGAGUAGUUUUACAGCUGCUCCUACUGGGACCACUAUUAAGUUUAAUCCUCCAACUGGUACAGAUACUAUGGUUAAAGCUGGAGUUAGCACUAACAUCAGUACCAAGCACCAGUGUAUUACUGCUAUGAAAGAAUAUGAAAGCAAGUCACUAGAGGAACUUCGUUUAGAGGAUUAUCAGGCUAACCGGAAAGGCCCGCAGAACCAAGUGGGAGCAGGUACCACAGCUGGCUUGUUUGGGUCUUCUCCAGCCACCUCCAGUGCGACAGGACUCUUCAGCUCCUCUACCACUAAUUCAGGCUUUGCAUAUGGUCAGAACAAAACAGCCUUUGGAACUAGUACCACUGGAUUUGGAACAAAUCCGGGUGGUCUCUUUGGACAACAGAAUCAGCAGACUACCAGCCUCUUCAGCAAACCAUUUGGACAGGCCACAACCACCCAGAACACUGGCUUUUCUUUUGGUAAUACCAGCACACUAGGACAGCCAAGCACCAGCACCAUGGGUUUAUUUGGAGUGACCCAAGCCUCACAGCCUGGAGGUCUUUUUGGGACAGCUACAAACACCAGCACUGGGACAGCAUUUGGAACAGGAACAGGUCUCUUUGGGCAACCCAACACUGGAUUUGGUGCUGUUGGUUCGUACUUAAAAUUUUCCUGUGUUUUUAUUCUUUUUAGACCCUGUUUUGGCAAUAACAAGCUUACUACAUUUGGAACCAGCACAACCAGUGCUCCUUCAUUUGGUACAACCAGUGGCGGGCUCUUUGGUUUUGGCACAAACACCAGCGGGAGUAGUAUUUUUGGAAGUAAACCAGGACCUGGGACUCUGGGAACUGGGCUUGGUGCAGGAUUUGGAACAGCUCUUGGUGCUGGACAGGCAUCUUUGUUUGGGAACAACCAACCUAAGAUCGGAGGGCCUCUUGGUACAGGAGCCUUUGGGGCCCCUGGAUUUAAUACUACGACAGCCACUUUGGGCUUUGGAGCCCCCCAGGCCCCAGUAGCUUUGACAGAUCCCAAUGCUUCUGCUGCCCAGCAAGCUGUUCUCCAACAGCACAUCAAUAGUUUAACAUACUCACCUUUUGGAGACUCUCCUCUCUUCCGGAAUCCCAUGUCAGACCCUAAGAAGAAAGAAGAGAGAUUGAAACCAACAAAUCCAGCAGCCCAGAAGGCUCUCACUACACCUACUCAUUAUAAACUAACACCCCGCCCUGCCACCAGAGUUCGACCAAAGGCUUUACAAACAACAGGCACGGCCAAGUCACAUCUCUUCGAUGGGCUAGAUGACGAUGAGCCAUCCUUAGCCAAUGGAGCAUUCAUGCCCAAGAAGAGCAUUAAGAAGUUGGUUUUGAAAAACCUUAACAAUAGCAAUCUCUUCUCUCCUGUUAAUCGUGACUCAGAAGAUCUAGCUUCACCAUCUGAUUAUCCAGAAAAUGGGGAGAGAUUCAGUUUCCUGAGCAAACCUGUUGAUGAGAACCAUCAGCAGGAUGGAGAUGAUGAUUCUCUUGUGUCACAUUUUUAUACUAACCCUAUUGCCAAACCCAUUCCUCAAACCCCAGAGAGUGCUGGAAAUAAACACAACAGCAGCAGCAGUGUGGAUGAUACCAUUGUUGCAUUAAACAUGCGUGCUGCCUUGCGAAAUGGGCUGGAAGGAAGCAGUGAAGAGACCUCUUUUCAUGAGGAGUCACUGCAGGAUGACCGAGAAGAAAUAGAAAAUAAUACUUACCAUAUGCAUCCAGCAGGUAUUGUUCUCACUAAGGUUGGUUACUAUACUAUUCCAUCUAUGGAUGAUCUUGCUAAAAUUACCAAUGAAAAAGGAGAGUGCAUUGUCUCAGACUUCACUAUUGGUCGUAAAGGUUAUGGUUCAAUCUAUUUUGAAGGAGAUGUGAAUUUGACAAAUCUAAAUUUGGAUGAUAUUGUGCAUAUUCGAAGGAAAGAAGUGAUAGUCUACUUAGAUGAUAACCAAAAACCACCUGUGGGUGAAGGUCUAAAUAGGAAGGCUGAAGUUACACUGGAUGGAGUUUGGCCAACAGAUAAAACAUCUCGUUGUUUAAUAAAGAGCCCAGAUCGACUUGCUGAUAUCAACUAUGAGGGCAGAUUGGAAGCAGUUUCAAGGAAACAGGGAGCUCAAUUCAAAGAGUACCGUCCUGAAACGGGUUCUUGGGUGUUUAAGGUCUCCCAUUUUUCUAAGUAUGGCCUUCAGGAUUCUGAUGAAGAGGAGGAGGAACGGCCAUCUAAAACUAGUACAAAAAAGUUGAAGACUGCCCCUUUGCCUCCUGCAGGCCAGACCACCCCAUUCCAGAUGGCUCUUAAUGGCAAGCCAGCACCUCCACCCCAGAGCCAGAGUCCAGAGGUGGAGCAGUUAGGGAGGGUUGUGGAACUGGACAGUGACAUGGUAGAUAUCACCCAGGAGCCAGUUUUGGAUUCCAUGUUAGAAGAGAGCGUGCCUGAGGAUCAGGAACCUGUGUCUGCCUCAACACACAUUGCAUCUUCACUGGGAAUUAAUCCACAUGUCUUACAGAUCAUGAAAGCAUCAUUACUUGCUGAUGAAGAAGAUGUAGAUAUGGUUCUGGAUCAACGCUUCAGUCACCUUCCUUCUAAAGCAGAUACUUCUCAAGAAAUCUGUUCUCCCAGACUCCCCAUUUCAGCAUCCCACUCAUCAAAAUCCCGUUCUUUAGUUGGUGGGUUACUACAAUCAAAGUUUACUAGUGGAACUUUUCUUUCACCAAGUGCCUCUGUACAAGAAUGUCGUACUCCCAGAGCAGCAUCUUUGAUGACUAUCCCAUCCACAUCUCCUUGGUCUGUCCCUCCACCCCUGACCUCUGUGUUUACAGUGCCCAGCCCAGCCCCUGAAGUUCAGUUGAAAACUGUGGGUACACGCAGACAACCAGGCCUAGUCCCUCUUGCAAAGUCUGUCACCUAUGGCAAGGGGAAACUCUUGAUGGACAUGGCCCUAUUUAUGGGACGCUCAUUUCGAGUUGGUUGGGGCCCCAACUGGACUCUUGCUAAUAGUGGAGAACAGCUGAGUGGCUCUCAUGAACUGGAAAAUCAUCAGAUUGCCGAUUCUAUGGAAUAUGGAUUCCUGCCUAAUCCAGUAGCUGUUAAAUCCCUUACUGAGUCUCCAUUCAAAGUUCAUUUGGAAAAACUCAGUUUGAGACAGAAGAAGCCAGAUGAAGACCUGCAGCUAUACCAGAUACCUCUGGAGCUCAAAUUAAAACAUAGCACUGUCCAUGUGGAUGAGCUGUGUCCUCUCAUUGUCCCUAAUCCAGGAGUUGCUGUCAUUCAUGACUAUGCAAAUUGGGUUAAGAAAGCAUCAGGAGACUUUCUGGAAGCACAAAUUGUGAAGCACUGGAGCCUAACAUGGACAUUAUGUGAAGCCUUAUGGGGCCACCUGAAGGAGCCUGACAGCCAGCCAGAUGAGCCUAGUGAAUACAUUCAGAUUCUGGAGCGAAGAAGAACUUUUUCUCGCUGGCUAUCCCAAACUGCUGCGCUUCAAAUUGAGGAGGAAGUCUCCUUAACCAGAAAAGACAGGCCUGUGGAGGCUGUCUUCAGCUACCUCACAGGCAAGAGGAUCAGCGAGGCCUGCUCUCUGGCCCAGCAGUCAGGUGAUCAUCGUCUUGCCCUUCUUUUAUCCCAGCUGGUGGGCAGCCAGUCAACCCGGGAGCUGCUUACUAUGCAGCUGGUGGAUUGGCAACAGCUCCAGGCUAACUGUUUCAUCCAGGAUGAGAGAUUGCGCAUCUUUGCCUUGUUGGCUGGAAAACCGGUAUGGCAGCUCACAGAGCACAGGCAGAUCAAUGUGUGCUCAUAUUUGGAUUGGAAACGCGCCCUGGCUGUUCAUCUUUGGUAUUUGCUUCCACCAACAGCCUCAAUUUCCAGGGCACUCAGCAUGUAUGAAGAAGCAUUUCAGAAUCCCUCUGAGGCUGACAGGUAUGCCUGCUCCCCACUUCCUGCGUACCUGGAGGGCUCUGGCUGUGUGGUAAAGGAGGAAGAAAACUCACAGAGACCACUUCAAGAUGUCUGCUUUCACCUUCUAAAACUCUACAGUGACAGACAUUAUGAUCUCAACCAGCUGCUGGAGCCUCGAAGCAUAACAGCCGAUCCUUUGGACUACCGCCUAAGCUGGCACUUGUGGGAGGUGCUGCGGGCUCUUAACUAUACCCAUCUCUCAGAACAGUGUGCGGGUGUGCUACAGACCAGUUAUGCUGGCCAACUGGAAAGUGAGGGGCUGUGGGAGUGGGCCAUCUUUGUCCUCCUGCACAUUGACAACUCAAGCAUGCGUGAGAAGGCGGUUCGAGAGCUGCUUACCCGGCACUGCCAACUAUUAGAAACCCCGGAAUCUUGGGCUAAGGAGGCUUUCCUGACCCAGAAGCUUUGUGUGCCUGCUGAGUGGAUUAAUGAGGCCAAAGCGGUUCGAGCACACAUGGAAUCUGACAAGCACUUGGAGGCCCUCUAUUUAUUUAAAGCUGGACACUGGAACCGCUGCCACAAAUUCAUCAUCAAGCACUUAGCUUCUGAUGCCAUCAUUAAUGAGAACUAUGACUACCUGAAGGGGUUCUUGGAAGACCUGGCACCUCCAGACCGCAGCAGCCUAAUCCAGGACUGGGAAACAUCUGGGCUUGUUUACUUGGACUAUAUUCGGAUCAUUGAGAUGCUUCACCAGAUACAGCAGGUGGAUUGCUCAGUUUAUGAGCUGGAGCAAUUACACACCAAAGUGAUCUCACUGUGCAGCCGCAUACAGCAGAUGCAGUGUUACAAUGCCAAGGAUCUCCUGGCCCAGUCAGACAUGGCCAAACGUGCAGCCAACCUGCUGCGGGUGGUAUGGAGCCUUCAGCGUGCCCCUGAAACAACCUCCGACUCAACACCAGACCCUCAGCGAGUCCCUUUGGGCCUCUUGGCUCCCCACGUUGGCCAGCUCCCCAUGCCUGAGGACUAUGCCUUGGAGGAACUGCGCGGCCUCACACAGUCCUACCUGCGAGAAUUGACUGUUGGGAGUCAGUGAAGCCCACCACACUCACAUGCUCAUUCACACUCACCACACAGAGAUCCCCUGCAUUGAGUUGGUUGGCACUGUUUGCCAUUCUCUUGGUUGGCUCUGGAACCCAUCUUUGUUUCCUGCUGCCCCAAGCAGCAUCCUCCAUUUGUUCAGGGCUUUUCUUAAUACUGAACAAAGUAUAAGGGCUUUAGAACCCAAAAAAGGAGCCAAGUCUCUUUUUUAUCAUCUUUAAGACCAUUCUUUCCCCUCGCCCUUUCUAAAAAAUGGUCAAUAAAAUAACCUUUCACAGAAUUCCCCCCAGAGAACCAGGGAAUGCUUUCCCCCUCUCGGGUGUUCUGAAUCUUGUGACCCUCUGUGCCGACCUGCUACCCUACUCCUACCUCAGCCCUUUUAUCGUCCUUCCUUAACAGAUAAACUCUCCACAGAAGGAAGGAGAGUUUGUCUCUUAAGUAGGUUGAUGAGUUAACACUGUUGUAGAGUCAAAAGAGGGUUGGACUGAGUUAGGAAGCAGAACAUAGUCAUUUCUGACUUAUAUAGGGUAGAAGUGAGUGCCUGCCAUGGAGGGAUGAAUCUUCAAGGCUUGUUUGUUCCCACCUUGAAUGUUCCAUGAACAUCAAACCUUUCCUACUAUGUGCAGGAACUCUUGGUCACAGACUCCAUGUCCCUGGGAAGCUCCAGAAUUCAGUUUGGUCCCUGGUUUUCGGUCAUCUUGCCAGGCUUCCUGUCUGGGUUUGCCUGAAGAGUUUGGAUAAAACGUGGCAGGUUGGGUAGCCCUCCCUGUCCUUCCUAUUCUAGCCCAAAGCAUUUCCCACCCACUGUCUCCAGUCCCAGAACAUAGAACCAUUACUGAGGCAGGCAAGGAGCUGGGCUUUAUGGGCAGGAGAAGGGCCUUUGCUACACUGCUCUCAGCUUGGGGAGUCCCCGGUAAAGGCCUGCGACAGCUGGUAUUAGGGCUGUCGUGGAUAACAUGGCCACCUCUGGGUCUUUAUGCAUGAAGAUUAUGUAAAGGUUUUUAUUAAAAAGUAUAUAUAUAUAUAUAAAUAAAUGAUCUAGAUUAUUUUCCUCUUUUUCUGAAGCUACUUUCUUAAAAAAAUAAAUAAAAUGUUUAUAGCAUUCCUG